GCUAAGUCGCUAACGGCACCGGAUGUUUUGGAUACUUGCUCUGAAAACGUACAAUUCGGUAUAUGAUGAAGGUUUCCUUAUAGUUUUUUUCUUUCUUUGUAUCGAUAUGCGAAUUUGAUUAACUGACGAACAACGUAACGGUAACUUGCUAUUACAUGUAAAUAUAGAUAAUUUAUUUAAUAACUACUUUGUAUUAAGUUUGCUGGUUGAGAGUACACACCUUGAAGCACCUUUUUCCGCGAUCAUUAUCACUUUCACAUGUGCAUUUCCGGGUAUCCGGUUGAACAAGGGAACAAUAAAUGGGAAAAUAUAAGCGCUACUAUUAAGCAAUACAAGUCUUUGGAGAGCCUGGGUGCAGUGACUGCCAUUUUUGUUUCUUCAGAAUCACAGCGGCGUUUUCUAGCAUGUUUCUAAUUUCUGUGGGCCGACAAGAUCUACUGCCCUCGUUUUCGCACUCAUUGCCUGUUCAACUUUGGUAGCCGGUAGGAGGGCGAGAUUCAAGGAAAUGGCGUCUGGCCCUCCGUCGAACUUCUCCUGGGUCGAGCCAGGUAAGCUGGCCGGUCUGGCAAUGCCCCGCAUGCCCGGCCAUUAUCAGUACCUGCUGGACAACGGCAUCCAGCACCUGAUCAGCCUCUCGGAGAGGAAACCUCCCUAUCAUGACACCUGCCCAAAGUUAACGCUACAUCACAUCAAAAUAGACGACUUUUGCCCGCCUAGGGAUGACCAGAUCGAUAGGUUCCUGUCCAUCGUUGAGGAUGCUAACGCCAAGGGACAGGGUGUGGCCGUCCACUGUCUUCAUGGCUACGGGAGAACAGGGACCAUGCUGGCCUGCUACCUGGUGAAGAAGAAGAAGAUCAGCGGCGUGGAGGCCAUCAGCGAGAUCCGGCGGCUGCGUCGCGGGUCCAUCGAGACCCACGAGCAAGAGAAAGCAGUGGUGCAGUUUCACAGCCGCACCAAAUAGAGGGCGAGACGGACAUGUGGGAGGGCUGUGAGUCACCGAGGAGCAUUUUCAUCCAGCCAGAUUUGCUAAGUAAACAAUUUAAACAAAUGACAAGUUAGAUGGGUUUGGCACUGUGUUCUCACAAGAUUUAUGUGGGUAAAUAUUUUGAUGAAAUUUCAUAUACAUUUCUUAAUAUUGAAUAUUCUUAUUCAGAGCGGCUUCAGUUGAAUUUUACAGCAAAAUACAAUUAGUAAAAAACACAAUAAUAAUACAGAAAAACAGUAUACUUGCUUGGUCAUAGCAAUAUGAAUUACACUUUAUCUGGUGAAUAAGUGGUCUUGUGUAUUGGGGAAAACUGAGAUAUUGUUAUAGCAGGGAACACACCACAUGCCUUUUAACAGAAUGUGGAUUCAAAAUGAUGAAAAAUUAAAAUUCAUUUUAAGUGCAGCUUUUACAGUAAUAGUUGUAUAAUUUUAUUGUUCGUGAUCCUGAUUUUCUGUAGUGUCUAUAUAAUCUAUGUAAUGUAAAAAUGAAAAAAUACAGAAAAAUAUAAAAAUGUUAAAAUCAAAAGUCGUUAAUUAUAUACACAACACAGUCUAGAUUAAAGAAAAACAGCCAGCCCACUUCAGUAAGCUGCAGUCUACUAUACUACUAAAGUCAGAUUAAAUUUGGGUCUCAAAAUUAUCAAGGUCCCCUGCACUGGUUUGCUAGCCAAUAUUUAAAAUGUAUAUGUAUUUAAUGUAUUUUAGUUAAACUAUAACGCACAAUUUUUAAAAUCUAAACAUAAUGUACAUAUCCAGGCAACUGCUAAACUAACAGAAUUACAGCUAUCUUGCUUUUAUUAAUGGAUUUAAAUAAUCUGCAAAAGUUGAAAUGUUUUGUUCUUCUCUUGUAACUAAAUUACUUGCCUGGAUCUUAGUUUUGUGUAAAAGUUUAAGUGAAGCUUCACUGCAGUAUUUUCACGGGGAAACUCAGAUUAAUGGGAUAUGUUUUCACAAGCACUAGAUUUUGUGAUCUUCAGACCCUUGUUCAAAAUAAAUCAUGUGAAAUGGUACAUUAUGAUAUACAAGGCCUGCCUUUAUAACUGCUUGAGGCCUGCCUUUAUAAAUGCCUGCUCUGAUAUGUAACUGAAGUGGAAUGUUUACGUGAAAAUAGGACAAUAGCAUUUUACUUGAAUCA